AUGCUGAAAGUUAAAUAAAUUGAGGGACAAACAAUAUAUAAUAAUAGCAAAGAUAAAUAAGAAAAAUUUGCCUCUAAAAUCAAGUUUCUCAGUCUUGUAUUAUGUGAAAAAAAAACUAUAAGAGCUUCAGCGCAGAUUUGUAAGAUUAAUUUCUCAACAGCAAAAGCUAUUCUAAAUACAUUUAGAAGAUAAGGGGUUAUUCGUAACCAUUAAUAAGGUACUCUUAUUUAUUUAAAUUUUAGAUUAUGAUAGCUAAGUUAAUUUACUAAAAUAGAUUGUUUAAAUAUAGAAGGGCAUCAAAAUUUAGGAGAUUUCUAAAAAUUAAGAAAUCAAAUAGAAGUUGAAUAAUAAAUUAAAAGGUAUACUUCUCAAUAUUCAAAAUUCAAAAAAAAAUUCUUAAUUUCAUGUCUAAAAUCAAAUGAAUAUAAAUGCACUUUAGGAAUAGUACAGUUAAGAAAAACAAAAGGAAUAUAUACUAGUCAAGUAAAUCUUGGAAUAAUAAAUUAUUUUGAUGAAGAAAAUAAGUCAUUGA